AUGGCAACAUCAAGUUUUAGUAGACAAAGAUCUGCUGAUAAUGGGGCAUCCUUCCAGCGUUAUGAUCAAUUCCGUAAUACGAUUAUAUCAUCCAUGGCUAUUCAUAGUCUAUCACCUAUGCAGCUAAUAUUGAUAUCAAAGAGUGCCAAGCAAAUCUAUUACUCUUCAGAUGCUGGAACCACUUUCAGUAAUGCCGUCAAGCUUCCUUUUACGCCUUCUAAGAUAGUGUACUGUAAUGAUAAUUCAUCCUCCAAUUUACUUGGCUAUGAUGCCGUUACUACAACGCUUUAUCUAUCGAAAGACAAUGGUGCUACUUGGAACUUGUUAAGGAAAUCUGUUUCUAGUUCUUUCUUUUGGGCUUUGCCAACGUUCGAUUCUGAUCUUACGACUAUUUAUUAUGAAGUUCUACUUAAAGUUGGAUCUAAGACUGUAGCUAGAGUUAUAGCACAUAGUAUUUCAAAGGGAAUAAAAAGAAUAUUUGAUGCAUCGAUGGGAUAUACUGUAAAAGGCAGUUUGGUUGUCUCUAAUAAUUACAUAUUUAGCAUGAAAGUGAAAUCAUUUGUUAAUAGUACAGAAGAAUUGCUGUUAGUGUCCUAUAAGCGAAACAAAUUCAUACAUGCCAAAUUUCCAGUUCUCGACCUUCGCCGUGGAUUUUUACUUGUUUAUACCGACGAUAACGAGGUUGUUAUUGCUGUCAAUCAUGCUUUAAAUUUAACUAAUGUAUAUGUUUCCGAUGAAACUGGGGUAUAUUAUGGAUUGGCCAUCGAGCGUAUACGAACAUCGCACGAUUUUACCUGGUUAUUCGGUAGCCCGUCAGUUCAAUUUAGAAAAAUUUCUAGUAUGCCCGGAACUUACAUAGCUGCGCAACUGAGUAACGGAAGAUCUCCGAGGCCAGUAACUAAAAUAUCGUACGAUAAAGGAGCCAAAUGGCACCAUGUUGUAGCUCCCAAAAAGGAUCGUAAUGGAAAUUCUAUUAACUGUAUUGCCCCUUCAUGUUCAUUGCAUCUACAAUUUUACUCGCGUUACAGUUUCUACUCAAGUUCAACUUCACCUGGAUUGGUUAUUGGGUUUGGAAAUUGGGGAAGUUAUUUCGGUCAAAGGCUAUCCUCCAUGUUUAUAUCAGAUGAUGGUGGAUAUACAUGGAAAGAAAUGCCAUUUAGAAACGCCUAUUUUACUGCUUUAGAUCAUGGCUCAGUCAUUGUUGCAGCAGGUUAUGACGAGAUUGCUUCAGGAACUUUUAUUAGCUAUAGCUGUGACGGUGGUAGUAGUUGGAAAAAGUUAACAUUUUCUAACGAAAGAAUUAGAAUUACUGGACUCGUUGUGGAACCAGGAUUUACAUCAUUAUUCGCUACUGUUUAUGGUACUAAAGUAUCCAACGAAUGGGUAUUAGCUAGACUAAAUUUUACUAGUGUAUUGGCUCGAAGGUGUCAGGUCUCCGAUUAUCGAGUGUGGAUUCCACGAAAUCCGUAUACUUAUGCAAAUUGUACUGUUGGUGUAUUUAUGGCUUACCAUGUACGUAAGCCAGAAUCUUGCUGCUAUAACGGCCAAACUUUCGUUCGCCCAACAACUUCUACUCGAUGCCCCUGUUCACGAGAAGAUUUUGAAUGUAAUUAUGGAUUUAUACCAACAGCUCACGAUUGCUCAGUUGUUUCUGUUGAUCAGAAGGAAUGUGAUGAUGGCGCUAACUUUUAUUAUACUUCAAAAUAUCGUAAAAUUCCUGGUAAUCAAUGCAUAAGUGGUGUAGAAAACAAGCUAUUGGAAAAGAUCCGUUAUCCGUGUAGCAUAGCAUUCACUCCUGCACCGAACUCCAACGGAUCCAGUAUGGCAUUGGCUAUUGUUUUACCCGUUGCCGUUAUAGUUAUAGUACUCAUAGGGCUGGUAUACUGUAAAUAUCGAAGAACUAACGAACCCUUUCUCAGUGCAAUUCGGCUACGCAGAACAGUUAGUAAUCCCAUUGAAGCACUGGUGGAAGACGAUGCCUGCGAAGAAUAUAGUAGCAAGCCUUCUAGUGUAGUAUAA